UUGACAACAAACUGCCUCCACAGUAGCUCUCUGCACAUGCGCACUGACGGAGUAUAAAAAGGAAGCUUGGAAAUCGUCAAUUCCUCUUCUUUUCCAUCCAGACGUUUGUUGUAGCACAUCGUCGUCCAUCGACUUCGAUCAAGAUGCCUGCCGCACGUAAAUCCCAAAAGUCCAAGAAGGAGCAACACAAGUUUGUUCUGGACUGCACCCACCCAGUCGAAGAUGGGAUCCUGGAUGCUUCUGCCUUUGAGCAAUUCCUGCACGAGCGCAUCAAGGUUCAGGGCAAGAUCGGAAAUCUUGGAAAUGCUGUCUCAAUCACCAGGGAGAAAGAGCGCAUUCACGUUGUCGCAGACAUUCCCUUCUCCAAAAGGUAUCUGAAGUAUCUUACUAAGAAGUUCUUGAAGAAGAACAACUUGCGUGACUGGCUCCGUGUUGUUGCCAAUGGCAAGGCAUCGUAUGAGCUCCGCUACUUCCAGAUCAAUAACGAGGAUGAGGAGAAUGAUGAGGAUGAGCAGUAGAUACAAUAGCAGUGCUAUCAAUAUA